AUGGGGGACACAUAUUUCCAUCUUCUGCAUAAUCUGGACUCUUAUAUCUGCACCAGCAUUACACAAACUCUUAAAGAUUUCUUGACGGCAUCAUUGUACCAGGCAUACAUACAAAACAAGUACAGUAAACCUAUGAUGUUAAUUGGGAUUUAUAUUGCAAUAGCUUCUCUUUUCUGCAUCCUACCAAUGGUGGCUGAUCUAUUACAAGGUUUCAAAACCAAAAAACUAUGGUUUCCAUGUAAAUACUUUACUCUCAAUGCUGCUUCCCUCACUGUCAUAGCUGUUGCAAUGAAGCUGCCUAUGGAUUUUAGCAAUUCAAUGCCACAUGUUGUGGACCAGGCUGCAAGGCUCGGAAGCAUGGCAUUUAUGUGCACAAUGAUGGCUAAUUUAUUGCCUUCUUUAGCAACCAUGGACAGUAAGGAGCUUCUCACAAACAUCAUAGCUUUGGCUAUUCUAGUAAUCACCUUGGCUGUGAAUGUUUCCAUUCAAAUAGUAACCGGUGUGGUUUCCCAUGAUGAUGGUGAGUAUUCCAGUAUUCUAACUUUUUACAACUUGUUGAUAGCAAUCUUUUAUGUGGCUAUGCUACUCGCAUUGUUGAUGAUACACACAUGUUCAGCUUUAAUGAUUCUAAAGUCAAAAGAAAUAUUAGAUCACAAAUACAAAGCAGGGCAUGAAACUGCUUUGAAGGAUCUAGAGUUGCAACAACCAACGGUUGAGAAACUAAAGCUGCAUGUCAGCAACCACUGGAUCAUGGCAGAAACUGGCAGCCCCCAAUUUAUGAUAGUUUGCUCUGCUACAACCUCUGCUUCUGGGGUAAUAUGUGUUUCAAGCACUCUCCUACAUGGUAUUAUUAUGAUGUACACAACACAACAUAUGAUGGACUACGGGUCAGAAUAUAAAGGGUCAGUUUUAGUGAUUCUUAUAACACAGUUUAUCGGAGUAAUAUUGGGUACGGUCGCUCCUGUUUCGAGAUGUUUUGCACUCCUAAGCUUUAAAGUGUCUAUAAAACAGAUAUGGAAACAUAUCAAGGUAUUUAAAGUAGAGAGUUACUAUACUCAGAGGUUAACUGAUUGGAAACAGAGUAGCGUACCAGUUAAAGUCAGUAGCCGCAGAUGCAAGAUAGUCAUUCAAGAACUAAAAGUCCUGAGUUUGAGCUGUUGUAAAGGAUUCCAGAAGAUGGUAGUGGUAGCAUGCAAUAUGACAGCGCUGAUCCCAGUUUUCACUGUAAUUGGUGUCUUAUGUUGUCUUCAAUGCUGGAAAAGGUUAAAGGUCACGUUAAGCGCCUUCAAUAAUGUUUUGGUAGAGAGACCUGCUCAACUACAACACAAUAAAGAUCUUAGCCAGUAUGUUCUACAACUUCAAGAUGAUAUGGAGCUUGCUGAAAGAACAUUGACAAGCAUUUCAAAAUCUGGGAACCAUUUGAUCCAAAAGGCUGAAAAGCAACAACCUAACAGUCUUAUGAAACUUCUAGAAGAAUACAGUGGCUUUGAAGGAGUUGGAAAGUAUGACGUGCAACAAGGCCUGCCUUUACCUGAACAAAAGUAUGUGGACUGCUGGAGCUUGCCAAUAGUGACCUUGACAGCCAUUGCCAUAUCUCUUCCUAAUAUCCAGAAACACAUGGUUGAUAGGUUGUUAAGGAGUGUGAGUGAAGGUCUUACAUACGUCAAACAUGUGGAAGAAACCCUCAAUGCUACCGACGAAUAUGUAAGUAGCCAAAAGGUGGCUAGAACGUUGUGGCUAGAAGUUGAAUUUUAUCACAAAUGGCUAGGAUACAAGUUGUCGAACUCUGCUCAACAAGUUAAUACAACAAAAGGGAUUGUUCAAUGGUUCAGUGAUACGGCUAAAAACAUGCUUACUGAGGUGGAGAGUAAGAAUAUGAAAGGCUCAGAUGAUAAUUCAGUCUACAUGUCGGCUUCUGCCAACUCAAUGUACCGUCUCACCCAAACGAUCCUAGUUUCCUACCAUGCCAACAUAGACCAGGUUAGCCAAGAGGAACUGCUUGUGCAGUUAUCAUCAAUGAUCUCUCACAUAUUGGCUGCUUGUCUCACCAACUUACCCCAAGUCAUCGCAAUGAAAUGCCACACCAGUGUCAUAGAGAAAAGGGAGGCAAGUGUACAAACUGCAGCCCUACUUCUUGGUGAGACUAUGCAGAUAAUCAAUAGCCUUCAAGAUCGCGAGCUCCCAAGCUUGAAUCUUGAUGAGUUGCCAUUUAUUGACAAGUGGCGUGAUUGUCUUUUGCAUCCGUCUCCUUAA